CAAACAUGGCAACACAUAACCUUGACUUCAACCAGUAACCACAUUUAUCUCAAAUAAGUCUUCACAAAGCAUUUUCAACAGUUUCCUAAUUAUUCGAUCUUCUUCAUGCUCUCAUCCUGAAUUCUGAAAUGCGAGUCUAAGUUCUGAGUAAUGAACAUUAAGGUUAUGUCUUCAUCCUACCUUUUUCUGGUAGUGAAUGAAGGGCUACACUUGCAAGAGAACACUUUACCAAGAAGUGCAGUUCAACAGAGAGGUUACCACAAGGAGAAAAAGAGAGAAAACAAUAGUUGUUGCUGCAGUUUUAUAAUGCAAAAUAAAGGAGAAUGUAUUAUUUAGCAAUGCAUAUUACUCUUCUAGUCCUCCUCCUUCUGCUUUCUUGAGCUUUGCCUAGAAAUCAGCAGUAACUUAGCAGAGCUUCUCUUUGAUAUCUCUAGCAUUUUCCUUCUUGACAGUGGCCUUGAAGUGGUAGUCAUCUUCUUUGAGGGUCCUGAAUAUGUAAUCAGUAAGGUCUCUUACUGCGAGAAGAAUCUUUUCAAAGCUUUUAGGAUUUUAUAACCUUCAUAGAUUGUCAUAGUAUGUUAUAAACCAUCUACAGGAUCUGUAGGGAUACCAGUACUUUUCCCUGUUGAGUCCAAUGAUAAGGUAACAUUGAUAUACAUUUUUGGGGAAUCAUAUUUCCCAAACAUAAUUCUACAUAUGUUCUCUCAAUGUUGUUUUUGAUUUAAUUGGAGCCUCAGUCGAUAGAGCUGGAUAGUCUAGGACUAUAUCUUAAGUUCAGAGUAAGAGAUAUAAUCCCAAAUCUUUUUAUACCACCUAAACCCUUAACCAUUCUACUCUUUAUUGGAUAUGGCAAGAUAAAGCACCUCUCUUUUGUCGGACUUUGUCUCCAACGAAGCAAUAUUUGUAUCCCAGUCUCUAUCGGCAAUUACUUUCUUAAUCUUUGGUUUAGCAUUAUUAGAUGAGAAUACUGAGCUUAAUUGGUUCUCUCCUUCAAGUCCUUCUUUGGGAGCAAGUGAACCAUCACUAAAAACAAUGGGUUUUUCCAUUUUCUUCUUCACUCAUUUUUG